AUGUCGCCUUUCGGCCGCGCGGCCACCCUUGUCGUGCUCGGGGCCCCGACUGCGGCCUCUCUGUCGUUAGAUGCCCGUGCGGGCUGCGGCGGCCCCUCGAUGGACUUCCCCGCGUUCGUUGAGAAGUACGGGCGCUCCUACCAGGUUGGCACCGAGGAGUACAGCACGCGCCAGGCGGUCUUCGAGCGUCGCACCGCCCGCAUCGCGAGCCACAACUGCAACCCGGCGGGCCUCCACACGGCCGACGUCAACCACCUCACCGACUGGACCCCGGAGGAGCUCGCCACGCUCCGCGGCCACAAGUCCCGCAGGGGCGCGUCGGGGGGCGCCGGCCACUCGCCGUUCCUCCUGGCGAAGCGGGGCAAGGGCAAGGACAAGCCCGUCCCCGCGGACUUCUCGUGGGGCCACCUGGCCUCCAUCAAGGCCAACAGCACUGAGCAG